UUUAAAACAUUAAAGAGAGAAAGCUUGUUAAACAUGUGACUCCAGACUUUAACUUCUUCUUCUCUCCUCGGUUCUCUGCAGUAAGCUGCGGCACAUCGUGGAGGAGAUGGUGACCACGGAGCGAGAGUACGUCCGCUCCCUGCGUUACAUCAUCCAUCACUACUUCCCAGAGAUGGACCGAGCCGACCUGCCGCAGGACCUGAGGGGGAAACGGGUCGUGGUCUUCGGGAACCUGGAGAAGCUUCUAGACUUUCACAGUCAGUUCUUCCUCAGAGAGCUGGAGGCCUGCUGGAAGCAUCCGCUGAGAGUCCCGCACUGCUUCCUCAGACAUCAGGAGCAGUUCAGCCUCUACGCUCUCUACAGCAAAAACAAACCAAAGUCUGACUCUCUGCUGGCCAAUCACGGACACUCCUUCUUCAGGAGGAAGCAGGUGGAGCUGGGGGAUAAGAUGGAUCUGUCCUCCUACCUGUUGAAGCCGGUUCAGAGGAUGAGUAAAUACGCUCUGCUGCUCACGGACCUGAUGAAGGAAGUGGGCGUGGCUCAGGAGGCGGAGCUUAUGGCGCUGCAGUCCGCCACCAACAUGGUCAAGUUUCAGCUUCGCCAUGGCAACGACCUGCUGGCCAUGGACGCCAUCCGCAACUGUGACGUGAACUUGAAGGAGCAGGGUCAGCUGAUCCGCCAGGAUGAGUUCACUGUCUGGACUGGGAGGAGGAAAUGUCAACGUCACGUCUUCCUGUUCGAGGAGCUCGUUCUCUUCAGUAAACCCAAGAAGAUGGAGGGAGGGCUGGACGUGUUCAUCUAUAAACACUCCUUCAAGACAGCUGACGUGGGUCUGACGGAGUCGUCGGGGGACAACGGGCUUCGCUUUGAGAUCUGGUUCAGAAGGAGGACGAUUAAGAACCAGAACUUCAUCCUUCAGGCCGCCGCCGCAGACGUUAAACACGUCUGGACCACCGACAUCGCCCGGAUCCUCUGGAACCAGGCCACAAGGAACAAAGAGAUGCGUCUGAAGGAGAUGGUUUCUAUGGGAGUUGGUAACAAACCGUUUUUGGACAUCCAGCCGAGUGAUGCAGCCAUCAGUGACCGAGCUGUUCACUACAUCAUGAAGAGCAGAGGUGCCAGAACUCGAGCGUCCAUCGCCGUCUCCGUCUUCGAUCACUCCAACCCUUUUAAACGUGGAACGGUGACCUCUGACCCCCAUUCAUCAGGACCCUCCUCCUCCUCCACCCUGCUGGGACCCCUCAACCUGCACAUGUACAGUCAGUCCUUGGCCUCCUCCACCUCCUCGGCUGCUGAAGGCUCCUUCAUCACGUCGUGUAUUGAGGAAGACGAGCAGGAGCAUGAGACUGGCAGUCAGCCCUCCAUGACCACAGAGAGUUCAGACUCUUCGUCUCGGUGUCUCUCGGGCUCCACCGGCUCUGACAGCGGCUGCGUCUCCUCUCACCUGCAGGAGGCGCUGCCUGAGGAGCCCAGCCCCACCGGACAGCCCUCCUGCUCCUCCUCUUCCUCUUCCUCCUCCAACAAACUGCACCUCAACAGCCAGCACAUUUCAUCUAAAGCGUCUCCAGUCAUCGGCCCGGCAACCAUCGUGUGAGUCAGCUGACCUGAUGGACUCAACAGUUCGUCUCCUUCCUGCUGCAGUUUGGAGUUUUCCGACCGUUUGAAUCAGACCCUGAAGGCAGCGUUUAAACAGCACUGUUAAACUAAAAAAAAAAACAUUUAUAUUUUGUAUGAUUUUUGAGCAGCUGUGAUUAAAAUCUUGUUUUAUUUAUGUUGUUCUGCUGCAGACGUGUAGAGUCUGUAAAUAAUGUUAGAGCUUCUAACGUUGUGGUCUGUAGUUUGACUCCUCACAGCUGCUGCUGUUGUUGUUUGUGUUGUUUGUUUGUGGUGCUGAUCCAGAGUCAGUCUGCCAGCAGCUGGUCCGGUCUGUGAGGAGGUUUGAGUCUGAGCUGGACUAACUGUACAUGUGUGUAAAUAUAAACCCACAGCUGAGCGUCUGCUGUCACUUUUCUUACUUGAAUAAUA